AUGUUAAAGAUUGCAAAAGCGCAUCAAAAUCGCCGCUUGACGCCGCGAGAAGUCUAUCCAGAGAGACUUCUAGCGGCGUCGAUUUUCGCUAAGGCUGGCGAUUGCCGUAGGAAGCCGGCCGACGCUGCCAUCGUCAGCUAUAGCGGGUCACAAUCGCAAUGGCGUCAGAUGCCAGAGAAGCCGCGUCAUGCCGCGGUAAUCAAUACGCACCUUAUGCGUAGAAGCCAUCGCAAGCGCCACCAAUCGUCAGCUAUGGAUGGAGCCUAA